AUGGCUAGCCAGAACCCCAGCGACGUCCCUGCCACCGAGGCUGCCCCCAGGCCCUGCCUGACCGCACUCAAAACCCCGCUGAUAACCAGGCGGGCCGACAAGGCCGAUAAGAAGGCCAGCAACAAGGGAGAGAAGGGAAUUGCAAAGCCGGAAGCCAAGAAGGCUGCCAAGAAGAAGGUCGAUGGUGCUGCUUUGAUCGGUAUCGAUGUUUCAAAGGAGGAGGACUUCCCCGGCUGGUACCAGCAGGUUCUCACUAAGGGUGACAUGCUGGACUACUAUGAUAUCUCAGGAUGUUUCAUUCUGAAGCCCGCCUCAUACUUCAUUUGGGAGGAGAUCCAAAAUUUCCUCAACAAAAAGAUCAAGAAACUUGGCGUCAAGAACUGCUCAUUCCCUCUAUUUGUGUCUGAGGAUGUUCUGCAGCGUGAGAAAGAUCACAUUGAGGGUUUCGCUGCCGAAGUUGCGUGGGUCACGCAUGCUGGAUCGAGUCAGCUUGAGAAGAAGAUUGCUAUUCGCCCUACCUCAGAGACUGUCAUGUAUCCCUACUACGCCAAGUGGAUUCGCAGUCACCGCGACCUUCCACUCAAGUAUGGUCAUACCGCCCACUUUACCGAGGGUGAAGCCCGCGAGGAAGUACUCGAAAUUCUUGAUUACUACGCUAAGAUCUACGAGGAACUUCUCGCAGUGCCCGUUGUCAAGGGUCAGAAGACCGAGAAGGAGAAGUUUGCUGGCGGUAACUAUACUACCACCGUCGAGGGUUACAUUCCCUCCACUGGCCGCGGUAUCCAGGGUGCCACAUCCCACGGUCUGGGCCAGAACUUCAGCAAGAUGUUUGGCAUUACUGUUGAAGAUCCUUCCUCCAAGCCUGAUGAGAAGAAGCCUCCUCUCCACGUCUGGCAAAACUCCUGGGGUCUGUCAACCCGUACCCUGGGUGUCAUGGUCAUGAUCCACAGUGACGACAAGGGUCUGGUUCUGCCUCCUCGUGUCGCUGAGGUCCAGACUAUCAUUGUCCCAGUUGGUAUCACGGCCAAGACUACCGAGGAAGAGCGCAAGAAGCUCAAUGCUGAGAUUGACGGUCUCGUUGCUGUCCUCGAGGCUGCCGGUAUCCGUGUCGAAAGUGACAACAGCAGCUACUCUCCCGGUUGGAAGUUCAACCGUCACGAGCUGCGCGGUGUGCCUUUGCGUAUUGAAUUUGGUCCCGGCGAGUCCGCCGGCCACUUCGUCACCACCGCCCGCCGUGAUAUUCCCGGCAAGGACGGCAAGGGUACCAUCCCCAUUUCUGAAUUGGCGACUGCCGUCCCUGCUCUUCUCGAGACUAUCCAGGCCGACCUGUUCAGGCGUGCCGAUGAGAAGUACAAGGCCCACCGCAUCAAGAUUACUAAGUGGGAUGACUUCGUUCCCGCUCUGAACAACAAGAACGUCUGUGUCAUUCCCCACUGUUUGACCGAGGCAUGUGAGGACCAGAUUAAGGAUAUGAGUGCCCGUAAGGCCGAGGAAGAGUCCGGUCAGGCCGAGGAUUCCAAGGCCCCCAGCAUGGGUGCUAAGUCUCUUUGCAUUCCUUUCGAUCAGCCUGAGGGUCUUGAGAAGGGCGUUACUCCCUGCUGCAACCCUAAGUGCACACUUCUUGCCGAGAAGUGGUGCAUGUUUGGCCGCUCCUACUAA